GAAGACCAACUCCAGUCUUUCAGUAUCGUAGGCUCAGUUCGCACACAAACGUUGGUAUCCAACACGACCGGUGCUCUAGCGCGUGUGUGUCAAAUUUCGCGCAAAACGUCAACAGAUUGAUCUAGUGCCGUGCGACCGACCGACUGUCAAACGACGACAGGUUAGGAUUACAGUAGCCGCAUCGUUCCAUGUUCGUGCGAUAAGUGUUGUGGUUGAAUCGGGAGUGCGAUCAAGUUGUCCAAAUGCUGAUCCAGCGUAACCGAGCCGACCUAAGCCUGCUUCAUGUUCAUGUUUCGAAGCAAGAGAAACAUUCUGAGUAAGCGGUUGGUGGAGGCACAUCGCAGACGUGCUCAGCAACUGGGGAGCGAUGAGUGCGUAGAGGUGGGCCCGCUGCUGAAGCGCCUUCAGGAGAACCAGCUGCAGAUGCUGCUGAGCGCCGUCACCAGCCGCGGUCAGGGAGCCUCAAAUUGCGUGCUGUUGCCUCGUGACAACCAACCGCACGUGCUGUGCUGCCAGGCCUGGAGGUGGCCGGACCUCAGACUGGCCUCUGAACUGCGAAGGUUGCCGGUGUGUAGAUCGGCUGCAGACCCUGUGUAUAUUUGUUGCAACCCCUAUCACUGGAGCAGGAUAUGUCAACCUGAUUAUCCUCCUCCCCCUUACUCCGUUUGUGCCAUGGAUACGCUUAAACCUGAAGAUUACGAGAAUGCCAAGUGGUAUAAACGCCUCUUAGGAAGAAAAUAUAAGAAAUUCGAAGAUUUUUCAACAUCAGAUAGAGCACCUAGUGAAGCACCUUUAGUAUGUAGGAAUUCAACUCCAGGUUCUCUUACCACGAGUGGUGAAGGUUCUUUGACGAACACUCUAUCUUGGUGUAAGUUAGCCUAUUGGGAGAUGGGACAAAGAGUUGGACCCCUCUACCCUGUGGAGCAACCGGCUGUGAAUGUCUUCGGUCAAGUGCCCUAUGGUGAUGGCUUAUCGCUGGAAACACUGGCCAGGCAUAGUUUUAGCCCACCUGACUCGGUUACCCGAACUAGGGAUAAAAUAGGUUUAGGAGUAACUAUAUCCCAUGAAGGAGAUUCAGUCUGGGUCUAUAACCGAUCAGAUUCCCCAAUCUUCGUCAACUCCCUCAGUUUAGACGACUUCGACUCUGCCUCCCCUACACGUGUACCUGCUGACUAUUGUCUGUGCAUCUUCGAUCCCAUCAGGGUUUCUCGCAAUAACAACGACUGGAAUUUCAAGAGGACGCAACAUUUCGGACCUAUAGACAAAAACUCUAUAAGACUCAGCUUCGUUAAGGGCUGGGGACCUAGAUACUCCAGACAAGAGAUUACGUCCUGUCCCUGUUGGUUAGAAAUUUUACUUUCGCCAUGUAGGUGAUCCAAGCAUAAGGCCCGUUUUAGAGCCAGAUUUGGACACGAGUGAUUAUGUUUGUUGGAGGUGCGUUGAUAACAUUGGAUCUACACCAUUCCAGGAGUUGUAUUUAGGACAAUUAGUGUACCUUUCUGAAGGAAAAACGACUUUUGUGAUCAUAUUGUUGAAUUGUUUGGUGGUCACUAACAGCUUUGAGUAAUUUGAUUGUUGUUAUGUCUUGAUUUUCGGGCCUUUUUUUCUGUUUCUUCAGAGAACAAAAGGUUUAUUAAACGUAUCGUUCUAAUCUUCUUCUCUCUGAUGUAGGGUAUUCAGAAUUAUGUGCUCUAAAGGCUCAUUUUCUAUCACGAUAGGACUAUCGUGAUAGUAUGUACUAUCACCGUGAACUAUCUACCCUAAUAUUUACAAUAUUUAAGUAAUUGACGAUAUAUCUGAACUUAUCCAGAAAUAUUUAAUGCCAGUGAAAAAAUGUUAUUUUUGCAAUUAUAUUUAUUAAUCAACAUUGUUAUGAACUAAGAAGUUUAUUUGUAUAUUGCCGCUAUUUAUUUCGUCUGAAAUUAUCCUCAAAGCUGUUAGACGCCCUUCUUGCUACUAACUGCAGUUAAAAUGUACCAACACUGAAUGUUAUAUAAGUCAGCAGUAUUAAGACUGUGAAUUUGGUAAGAAGAGUAAUAUUAAAAGAGAUGGUUUUAAAAGUACGAUGAAGGCUGAGUUUUGUAAUAUAAAUAUUGGAACGGUGCUGAUUUUUGUUCCGUCCGUCUUAUUACUUUUUUACAGAUUAACCGUUUCUAUUAUAUUAUUGAACUAAUUUUUCCAAACCAUGAGAAUUAAUACUUCAAAUUGGCUCCUUAAGUUUAAGUCUAAUAGACAGUUUCUAAGAGUGUUGGUUCAAAUUUAAAAAUUUUUUUUUUUCUGUAGAGCAAUAACAAUUUGAGUGAUCUCGUCGUACUGAAUUUCAAUAAACUUGAACUGAGUGAUAAUAACAGUUCCUUGAGAAAUGCCUUAAAGCAUGGUUUGGAAAACUUUAGAGUCAAAGUUGUAGAAUAUAAAGGCCUGUAGCCAGAAAAACUGAUGUAAUUUUUUAAAAUAAAAGUGAAAGACAUUAACAAAUUCAAGUAAGAGUGUAGUUGCAGAAAAAUACGAACUAAAAUAUUCAACCACUACUUGCCUCUUUCCAAUUGAAUUCGCUUUAACUUUGUAAUAUCCGAAGUAGGGAAAAUUUCAUUGAUAUUAUAUACGCUCGAGAUUUUUCUUGUAAAUUGACAUCAGUUUCUUGUUUUGUCAUUUGGAAUUUCUAGUCCUGUACAGUUGAUGUUUAAACUGAAACAAAUUUGAAUGGCUUGCAUCGAAUCAAGUGCCUCAAUAAAGCCUUAAUCUGAAGAAUGUACAUUUUUCUGUGAAAGCAAUAAUUCAUAAGAUACGAUUUCUGAAGAAUGAAUCUCCCUCUCUUUUAUAUACGAAAGUUGAACAUAUGUAAUUAGAAUCGAAGAAUGUUUCGAACUGCCAUACCUAAUAUAUUUGAGAAACUGAUGUCACAGUUUAAUAGAAUUUUGAAAUUAUAUAAUUUUGUAUAUUUUUGCAUGUAGAGAAAUGAACGAAAAAAAUUUUGAAAGAUGUACAGAGAUAUAAAUUUUAAGUACCGAAGACACAGGAUAUUUGAUGGUUAUAGAUUUCGCUUGAGUCAAACAUUUGAAAGUUCAAAAAUUGUUGAAAUUUUUAUUCUGCUUAAAAACGAGUUCAGCUCUUUUCAUCAGUGUUCUGAAUCAAAAAUCUUGUGUUUCGCCUUUUAUACACAUUUUCGACGAGAAUGUACUAUAUUAAGGCGAUUUGAGUUAUGAAAUUAUCUGGUGCUGUGGGAUUUCCAAUUUUUCGAUUCCAAUUUGUUGAUGAGACAAAUUUUUUCGAAUUUCAUUUAUUGAAGGAUACUACCCAUCACAAUGUAUUUCAAAUAUCACUAAGUAUUCGGAAUUUACCACUUUUUCAGAGGAAUAGUGAAGUUUUGAAAAAUUGGAGGAAUCUCAUUGUUUGGGACCAUAUGUGGAACUGUGUAUGAUAAAAUGAAGCAUUUUUAUUUUUAAGAAAAUCCAUAUGUUUCUGUAAAAAUUGUUAUCAUUGGUUCAUUCCUAAAAGGAAUAUAUAAUCAUUGAAGUGCAUUAUGUAAUAUUUAUAAAUUAUAAUUUAUUAUCGAUUAUGUUAUUUCUGGAACUUUCAAAGUGGCUAAGACCAAAGACUGUGCCUUUUUAUUGAGAGUAAAUUAAUGCCAAUUA